UGGCUUUGGAAAAACAAACUGCUGAAGAGUCUGACGCCAGGGAGUCCUGGGAGGGACAAGAGGUUACCCACUCAAAGAGUGUGCUCCACAAAGCAUGCGCGCUUGUCCACGUCUGGAGUCAUCACUUAUUUUUUGCCUGGAUUCUUUGCAGCCGGUGGGUUCUCAAGGCGGGGACGAUCCGGAGCUCAACUUUCAAAAGCGAGAGGCCCCAGCAAGCCUGUUUUGAGAAGUUCUUCAGCGGCUCUCCUCAUGGGCCAGACGGCCCUGGCAAGGGGCAGCAGCAGCACCCCUACCUCGCAGGCUCUGUACUCGGACUUCUCUCCUCCCGAGGGCUUGGAGGAGCUCCUGUCUGCUCCCCCUCCUGACCUGGGGGCCCAACGGCACCACGGCUGGAACCCCAAGGAUUGCUCCGAGAACAUCGAUGUCAAGGAAGGGGGUCUGUGCUUUGAGCGGCGCCCUGUGGCCCAGAGCACUGAUGGGGUCCGGGGAAAACGGGGCUAUUCGAGAGGUCUGCACGCCUGGGAGAUCAGCUGGCCCCAGGAGCAAAGGGGCACACACGCCGUGGUGGGCGUGGCCACCGCCCUCGCUCCGCUGCAGGCUGACCACUAUGCGGCGCUUUUGGGCAGCAACAGCGAGUCCUGGGGCUGGGAUAUUGGGCGGGGAAAAUUGUAUCAUCAGAGUAAGGGCCUCGAGGCCCCCCAGUAUCCAGCUGGACCUCAGGGUGAGCAGCUAGUGGUGCCAGAGAGACUGCUGGUGGUUCUGGACAUGGAGGAGGGGACUCUUGGCUACUCUAUUGGGGGCACGUACCUGGGACCAGCCUUCCGUGGACUGAAGGGGAGGACCCUCUAUCCCUCUGUAAGUGCUGUUUGGGGCCAGUGCCAGGUCCGCAUCCGCUACAUGGGCGAAAGAAGAGUGGAGGAACCACAAUCCCUUCUUCACCUGAGCCGCCUGUGUGUGCGCCAUGCUCUGGGGGACACCCGGCUGGGUCAAAUAUCCAGUCUGCCUUUGCCCCCUGCCAUGAAGCGCUAUCUGCUCUACAAAUGACCCAGUAGUUCAGGGUGUGCUGGCACCCUACCGUGGGGACAGGUGGAGAGGCACCCUUUGGCCUAGACAACUUAAAAAAGCUGGUGAAGCUGAGGGGAGGGGCCUAGACCCCUUCACCUCCCCUUCNCACAGGAGCAAGACAUAGAAAUGAUAUUAAACACUGUGGCAGCCUGGGACAAAGAGGUUUUUGAAGUAAAAACUGAGAUGUAUUGUCACAACCUGUU